GCACGCGCAGUGCGGCGUAAGGGGGACGUGCCGUCGAGUGUUUAUGCGCGUAAUGGCGGCGGACAGGUUGUGAUGAGCCACGGCGAAAAAAACGCAGCCAGCGAUCCAGCCCUCGGUCAGUUUCCACAGCGGCGACACGGAAGAACGCGAAAAUGCAGAUCACGCUGAAAACCCUCCAGCAGCAGACGUUUAAGAUCGACAUCGACGCGGAGGAGACGGUAAAGGCCUUAAAGGAAAAAAUAGAGAAUGAAAAGGGAAAAGAUAACUUUCCGGUGGCGGGACAGAAGUUGAUAUAUGCAGGCAAAAUCCUGAACGAUGACACGGCUCUCAAGGAGUAUAAGAUAGAUGAGAAGAACUUUGUGGUGGUUAUGGUAGCAAAGCCUAAAGCGGCUCCUGCAUCGGCCUCUUCAUCUGCUGCCACAGCGGCCAGCGCCGCCUCCUCCAGCACUACAGCGACCCCGACCCCUUCUUCCACCCCGGCCGCAGAAACCCUGUCUGAGAGCGCGACUGAACAGGACAAACCCGCCGAGGAGAAACCCGCCGACACCGCUGAGCCCUCCUCUACACCCGCCAGUUCUUUGCCAAAUGCAAACAUAUUUGAAGAGGCGACGUCUGCGCUGGUGACGGGUCAGUCCUACGAGAACAUGGUGACGGAGAUCAUGCUGAUGGGAUACGAGAGAGACAGAGUGGUGGCGGCACUGAGAGCCAGUUUCAACAAUCCUGACCGCGCCGUUGAGUACCUGCUCACGGGUAUUCCUGCAGAGAGCGAGGGCAGUGUAGGAAGUGCUGACCCCGUGGCUCCUGUGGGAAGCCUCGCUCCUACUGUGUCCACAGGCCUCUCUUCACCGUCCAGCACCGCCCCGUCACAGCCCAGCACAGGAUCAGGGGCCAAUCCUCUGGAGUUCCUGAGGAACCAGCCGCAGUUCCUGCAGAUGAGACAGAUCAUCCAGCAGAACCCGUCUCUCCUACCAGCUCUACUACAGCAGAUCGGCAGAGAGAACCCGCAGCUCCUGCAGCAAAUCAGCAGCCAUCAGGAGCAGUUCAUCCAGAUGCUUAAUGAGCCGGUGCAGGAGGCGGGGCAAGAAGGCGGUGGUGGGGGCGUGGCCGAGGCUGGAGGCGGGCACAUGAACUACAUCCAGGUCACACCCCAGGAGAAAGAAGCUAUUGAGAGGCUAAAAGCCCUUGGAUUCCCAGAAGGACUCGUUAUACAGGCCUACUUUGCUUGUGAGAAGAAUGAAAAUUUGGCUGCAAACUUCCUUUUACAACAGAACUUUGAUGAUGAUUAGAGGAGGAGUGGCACCCCGAUCAUUUUCCACCCUUUUUUUUUUUUUUUUUUUGAAUGAUCAUUUUUGAGGAGAAAAUCUAUACAAAUACACACACACACACACACUCUCACAAACACACAGGCUGUCAUAUUCUGUCUAAAUUUUACACACUGGAUGACAUGAGCACGUCUGUCUGGAGAUGAGCACAUCAUUUGUUCAUCUCCAGAGGCAGAAAUCAGUAAAAGCCUCUUUGCUUCAUCUAACACUUGCCUGUGUGAUACCUGUUUGUUUUUCAUUUGUUCUUUUUUUAUGACCAAUAAAGAGCAUUGUUUUCUCCAUCGUUAGGACAUGUUAGCAGGUUCAGGGGGUCGUGAGAUUAGUUUUCCAUGAAUUGGGAAUCCUAAUUGAUUGGGGCAUUUGGUUUAAUCACAUUAUCAGUGUCCCUGUUCAGGGCAGCGUUUUUCUUCUGUUUCUUAUCGCCCUCUUUCUCUUAUUCAAGGUGACCAUUAAUAGGGAUCCCAAAUACUGCGGUUUUAAAUGACAGUAAAGAUUUUAAAGAAGCAAAUGGAGUUAUGAUAGAUUGGUUUCUCUCUUUAUCAGCUCUUACUGAGGGUGUUUUGAGUGAUACUGACACAUGCAGCCCUUAUACAUUAAGAACCAUUAAAAGCAUGUAUAUGACUUCCAUAGUUUGACAUUAAUAUCACUAUACUGUCAUUUUUACAGGGAAAUAAACGUUUUCAACGUAAAUACAGA